GUCAUUGAUGCCUGGUGUCAUCAGCACAUGCAACCCACUGCCCUUGUCUUCCGUGGAAAAUCCCAUGUAUAAAAGGAGGCCCUCCCUCCCAGCCAAACGCUGAUCUCCAAUCACAUCGACGAAACUUACAACACCCGCUUCCUAACCUGCCCACCAUGUUCUUCAGGCUCCUCCUCAUGAAACCGGCUCUUCUCGGAGUGACCAGCGGGCACAUGAUCAUGGUCACCCCAACCCCUUACGACACCUCCCUCCCACGACCUGACCCCCAAACAUGGCCUCUGGACACGGCAUCUCUACCUUUCCCUUGCCAGAUGGGCGGCGACCCCGUGGUUCAGAGCAUCACCGAAGUUACCGCCGGCGCCUCAACGCUAGUUCAAUUCUCUGGCUCGGCCGUGCACGGAGGCGGCUCAUGCCAGUUCAGCAUCAACUACGGCGACCCGUCCUCUCCAAAUUCCAAUGACUGGCACGUCAUCUACACCAUCAUCGGCGGCUGCCCAGCCUCGAGCGUCGGGAAUAUUGAGACCAUCGGCGAGGACGCAGACCAGCGGCCACUUGGGCGGCAAUGCGGAAACGCGGUGGACACGGAGUGUGUGCGCCGGUUCGAGAUACCGAUCCCCAAGGGCAUGAGGAAUGGCAACGCGACGUUGGCGUGGAGUUGGUUCAACAAGAUUGGAAACCGCGAGAUGUACAUGAACUGUGCGCCUAUUGUCAUUUCUGGCGGCGGUGCUGACGGCGAUGCCUUUGUCAAGGGGCUCCCUGCUAUUUUUUUGGCCAACAUUAAUGGGCAGCCCUGCAAAACGGCCAAGUCUGAGGGCGCGGUGCUAAAUAUUCCCAACCCGGGGGCGUUCGGGGAGAUUCUGGAGGAGCCAGACUCUGAAGCGAUUGGAAACUGCUCUCCGGAUGGGCCUGUUCCUCUUCCAAACUUUGAGACCGGGAGCACCGCUACUUCUAGUGGCCUAGAAUCGAGCAUUGCCAACACCAGUCUCACGGCCUUGGAGUCUACCAGAACCACGCCACUCACGACUGCAUUGACUUCCACAACGGUCACUACCCCGGCGCGGGACAACAGCACGUCUGGAAUAGUCUCAGCUUUCUCCUCAUACGAGGUGAGUAGUCCCCUGUCCGUCCCACUGACAACCAGCUCUAGCUUGUCGACUACUGCCUCGGCUUUAUACCAUAAGCCGAACGGCUGGGUGGAAUGCGACGCUGAGAGUGGGGGAUUUUUGUGUCUCAACCAGACGCAUUUCGGCAUAUGCAACUCUGGAUAUGCUGCUCCACAGCUUGUGCCUGCGGGUACUGCGUGUGACCUUAAGCACAACAUGAUCAUUGCACUGGAAUAA